CCGGCCGCCGUCCCUGAGUUGCCUCCCAACAAUACUGAACUGUCAGUCGACUUCUGCUUUCACUGCACUGCACUGAUUUGAACAGAUUCAAAAAAAUGCCAUAGCUCGGCGUUUAUGCCCUGACACUUCCACACGAUUAUUCGGACUUAUUCCGAGUUGCUGCUUCACAAAUCUCCGUGCCUUUGUCCCGACUUCAGACUGGUGGUUGGUCUUUCACAGGAGCCAGAUGAACCAAUGAGGUGUCAAAGCAGCUCAGAGACUUGGUUAAUUCGGUGUGAACAGAACAAACGCCUUUAAAAAAUGUUAGCAAAGUUGCCUUCAGUGUGCUGGGAAAUGGAGAGUCUGAAGUGAUGGAAAACCAAGAGGAAAGCCCUGCAGACGAGCAGGCAUUCACACCACCAGAGCGAGGACUUCUCCACAUCUGGCACUCAGCGGGCCGCAAUGAGCAGCUCUGCCCAGAGAGAGUGUUGUUGUCCAGGCCUGUUCUGCAGAUCGCUCUGGGAGAACACCACGGUCUGCUGCUGGCACAGGGUGGUCAGGUGUAUUCUUUCGGAGAGCUUUUAUGGAGAGACCUGAGCAUCCCAGUGUCUGCUCCAGUGCUGGAGGGUUCUCUGCUGGGGAAGACGGUGGUCCGUGUGGCUGCUGGUGGUUUCCACUGUGGAGCUCUGAGCGAGCAGGGCAACGUCUACAUGUGGGGAGAGAAUACUGCAGGACAAUGUGGGCUGACUGAAAGGGGCACGGUCACUAAUAUCACUGUUCCCGAGCCAUUCCCAGUCAGUGUGGUGGACAGUGAGGUUGUUCCUCCAGUUGUGGUGCGGGUCGUGGAUCUCGCCUGUGGACGAGAGCACAGCCUGGCUCUGUCAGCCCAGAAUGAGCUGUGGGCGUGGGGCAGUGGCUGCCAGCUGGGCCUGGUCACUAGCACCUUCCCUGUGUGUAGACCACAGAAGGUGGAGCACUUGGCAGGCAGACAUGUGAUUCAGGUGGCUUGUGGAGCGUACCACAGCCUGGCCCUUGUUCGAAGUUUACCUCCUCAGGACUCUAAUACCCAGAAUCCCCCUAAGAAGAAGGAGCGGGGCCAGUCGCCUCACUACUCACUGACAGAGAAGGAGGAGCUGUUCACAACCGACGACGCUCACUACUGUCCACUCGGGGUGGAGCUGACUGACGCCAUGAAAAACGAGGCCUCCCCCAGAAGGCCCAGACAAAGGCUCCAUCCAGGGGGAAUAUCAGCUGGCAGCAGCCCUGGCUCUGGAGCCAGUUCAUGCUCUUUUUCUGAAGAUGGCAAACUUUACACUAAACAGAAGAAUCUUCCAGCUGGUGCCAGUCUUGAGCCUGACGGACACUCCAUAACCCAAACUGAUGGCAGUCCUAAAGCCCGCUCCCUAUCAGGGUGGAGGGCCAACAAGAACUCAGGCUUCAGUGAUGAGCUGGAGCUUCAGAACCUCCUUGAGAAACUCUCUGGUCAUGCGUUGGAAGCGCAUCACACUACAUGGACAGGAGAUACUGACUCACUGAGCAGCCACACUUCAGAUGACAGCUAUGUUUCCUCAACUCCUUCCAGUGAUCUGUUGACUUCAAGUUACAAAGAAGAUUCAUCUAUUCGGAGACAAACCAAUAAUAGCAGUGGAGCAUCAGGACCGUACUCCUCUUCCCCAGUGUGUUUGGAGGAAGUGCGGCUGUGUCUGGAGAAGGAGAAGCUGUCACUGCAGGGUCAGAAGAGCUCCAGUCUCACAAAUAUACACCAGAAGGGAAAAUCAGCAGCAAGCAGGAGACGCUCACUUCCUGGAACACCCACCCACGGGUCUCCUCGGAGACGGCGCCCGUGUGCCUGCAGGCCAUCCUCUGGUCGAUCUCAGCCUGAAGCACCAGAGGAGGCAGACGACGGACUUCCAUCUCUGGAGACAGAGGUGUGGAGCUGGGGCCGCGGCUCUGAGGGACAACUUGGUCAUGGAGACCAGCUCGCCAGACUCCAGCCAUUGUGUAUCAAGUCUUUAACAGGCGAGGAAGUGAUCAAAGUUGCUGCAGGGUCACACCAUUCACUGGCUCUCACUGCUCAGUGCCAGGUGUAUUCAUGGGGCAGCAACAUGUGUGGACAGCUUGGUCAUGUCAACAGUCCGGCCACGGUGCCUCAGCAGGCCAAGCUGUCUGAAGGUCUUCGUGUUUGGAGCUUGUCGGCCGGUCAGAGCCACUCCCUGCUCCUGGCUGAUGGAGACUGUGUCCAGCCAGUGCUGCUGUACUGCGGCCAGCAGCAAGAGUCAAUGUCAGCGCAGAGUGAAAGAGGACAACAGAGUCGGAACCAGAGGUCCCCCAGCAGGGUGGAGAGUUAUACAGUCAGACCCACCCUGCUGCCGUUCUGCAUCGAGAUGGGUUACAUUAGCAGUGUCUACAGCGGCGGUCAGACCUGUGCAGUGCUGACCGACCACAACGUCAUGGGUUUUAUCUCUGCUAUCCAUGAGCUGGCCUCCAGAGAGAGACAGUUCUACAGCUGGUUGAGCGACAUCAGGAAGAUCCUCCUCACUCCGAUGCGCAACAGAGAGAGUGUGUGUCCGGCGUUAGGCGAGCAGUGCACUCAUCUCUUCUUCUCGCUCUGUGAGAGUUUUGUUCACUUGAGCACCCUGAUUGGUCGACACGCCACGUCACUCAGCUACUUCCUGCAUGAUGCGCAGGGCCGCGAUGUCACGUCUCUGCCCUUGCUGACACACACUGAGUUUUUCCUGGACACCUACAAAAAGUAUUGUUCUGCAGUUGGUGACUUCCAAGUAAUGGGCGGCUUCCAAUCACUUCAUAAACUCUCACUUGAGUGUUUAGGCUCCCAGUGGACUCGGCUCUCUCAGCUGUGUGUUUCAGACCAGUCUGUCAGCGGUGAUGUUGAUCUGGUGUCACUGCUGUACUGGCCUCUGCAGCAGCUCCACCAAUACAGCCGAGUCCUGCUCAAAUUAGCGUCCUGCUAUGAUGUGUUAACUGUAGAGUAUCAGUCGCUCCAUCAGGGCUGUAGUCAGUUUGAGUCUCUGUCUUCAUCGCUGUUAAGAAGGAAAAAGGAGGCCGACGCCACCUUCGUCUUCUGGAAGACUCACUCUGGCAAGACCACUGAGGUUCUGCGUCUCCCGCGGCGUCGUGUGGUGUGUGAAAGCAGCAACAGAUCUCUGACUCUUCAGAAUGCCGGGCGCUUCUCCAGUCACUGGUUCAUACUGUUCAAUGAUGCACUGGUACACACACAGGGUACCAUUCCCUCUCAAAGCUUUUUCUCCACACAUCACGUCUAUCCUCUGACUUGUUUGUGGGUGAAACCAGUUACUGAAGACAGCAACGGACUCUAUGCCAUCAAAAUAACAUGUCCAGAGGAAAGUUUCACCCUGGUGGCCUCAACACCGCAGGAAAAGAAUAAGUGGCUACGAUGUCUUAACCAGGCGGUGGAUCAGGUGCUGGGCGGUGGAGGUCAGGGGUCAUCGCCUGGGUUGACUGCAAUGUCUCGCACGGCCUCCUACACAUUCACUGGAGACGAGCGAUUCAAAGACGCUCAGUACACCGGGAGCUGGCUUGCAGGCCGAGUUCAUGGCAGAGGAACUAUGAAGUGGCCUGAUGGACGGAUUUACACCGGGAACUUUAAGAAUGGACUGGAGGAUGGUUAUGGAGAGUGUAUGACACCAAACAAAGUGCUGAAUAAACCAGACACCUACCAAGGACAAUGGAGAGAGGGCAAGAUCCAUGGUUUCGGCAAGUACAAGUAUGCCACUGGUGAGGUGUACGAGGGCUGUUUCUGUGAUGGCCAGCGCCACGGUUACGGCAUGCUGAGCUCCGGUAAACUGGCCAAGACUUCCUCCAGUGUUUUCAUCGGUCACUGGGUCCAAGACAGGAAGACCGGAUACGGAGUCUACGAUGACAUCACCAGAGGUGAGAAGUACAUGGGACUGUGGCAGGACGACCAGCGGCAUGGCAGCUCUGUGGUCGUCACUCAGUAUGGUGUGUACUAUGAAGGGACUUUCAGAGAGAACAAGAUGAGUGGUCUAGGUCUGUUGGUGUCAGAGGACGACACAGUUUUUCAUGGGGAGUUUUCUGACGACUGGACUGUCAACGGGAAGGGUAUUUUGUCCCUCUCUAACGGUGAUUGUCUGGACGGACUGUUCAGUGGAGAGUGGAGCUCUGGGCUGAAGGUGGUUGGGAUGUACACCAAACCAGGCAUUUACGAAACGGAAAGCAAAGAGAGAAACAGCAUGAACAGGCUGGGUCAGUACGUAGUGCCUGCAGCUCAGCGUUGGAUCUGUGUGUUUGAUGAGUGUUGGAGCCGACUGGGCUGUGAAGCUGCUGGUAAAGGAGACAGAACUACAGCCUGGGAGAACAUCGCUGUUACUAUAACAACUGCACGACGACAGAGCCCAGACCUCAGCAGGUCUCAUAGCAAAGUACUGGAGAGUUUGGAGUUCAUUCCUCAGUAUGGAGAACAGGUCACCACUGCAAACUAUGACAACAUACGAAGAUACCUCACCAAGGCAUGUGAGACGCCCCACCACCCUCUGGGCUGGCUGGUGGAGACGUUGGUGACGGCCUACAGGAUGACUUACGUCGGUGUGGGAUCAAACCGCAGGCUGCUCCGGCAGGCUGUCCUGGAGGUCCAAGCCUACCUUACACAUUUCUACAGCAUUGUCAGGUUUCUGUUUCCAGAGUUACCAGAGGAUGGCGGUAUGAUCCCAGAACCUCCUUCUACUCCAACUAGAAGUAGACAGAACUCUAACAAAGCAGAACAAGGCAGUGUUGUGGUGGUGAGCUGCUCCUCUCUGCUCCUCCCUCUGCUGCUCCCUCGGCUCUAUCCCCCUCUCUUUACUCUGUACUGCCUGCAGGAGGAGCCAGAGGAGGCCCAGUACUGGGAGCGCAUCCUCCGACUCAACAAACAGCCCGACCAAUCACUGCUCAGCUUUCUAGGAGUGCAGGAGAAGUUCUGGCCGCUCUGGAUGUCAAUUCUAGGGGAGAAAAAGCAGAUUGUGUCCAGCAGUAAAGAUGCUUGUUUUGUUUCUUCUGUAGAGACCCUCCAACAAAUCAGCACCACAUUCACUCCGUCAGACAAACUAGUGGUCAUUCAGAAGACGUUUGAGGAGCUGACUCUGGAGGUAAAACCUAUGCUGGAUGGUAAUUUCCUCUGGUGCAUGGAUGAUCUCUUCCCACUCUUCCUUUACGUGGUGCUCAGAGCGAGGAUCAGGAACCUGGGAGCUGAAGUCAGUCUGAUAGAAGAUUUGAUGGAUCCCAACAUUCAGCACGGAGAAAUGGGACUGAUGUUCACGACACUGAAGGCCUGUUACAUCCAGAUCCAGCAGGAGUCAACUGUAUAAGAACUGACAGGCGGUGACUUUACAGACUCAGGAUUUGGAAACAGCAGUGGACAGAACCAGUCAAAGCACCAGUUUUGUUGCUGGGAAGCUGCCCAGACACCACAGAAGGAGACGAGAGAGAUACUCCUCCACCUUCUACUGAACAUAGGAACAGCAUCGCUCACUGUGGAUCCUCCUGGUAUGUUCCUCCACAGCAGAAAUCACUGUUCAUGGGAAAGUAGCAUAUCGCCCUCUACUGGAUGUGUCAGAGAACUGCGAUAUCUUCAUAUUACAUUCAUUCAGUUUCCACUCCUGGGUUUUGCAAAGUUCAUCAAAACUAUUUAUUGAAGUUUGUAUUAACAACGGUGCAAAUUUAGAUUAUUACACAGUUUUUCCUUGAUGGGAAAUUUCUCAGAAUAUUCAUUGAAGAACUCGUGAGAUGUUGUAUAUUUUCUCUUUCGUCUGCUUUCCACGGAAACUUGCAGAUAUUCUGCAUUACUGACAAGAUCUGAAGCAUGACCUUAUUUUAAGGGGAAGGUCUAAGGACUAAUAAAUAAUACAGUCAUGUAAAAAUUUGUCUUGGUGCCAAAAUCUCCUCAAAGGGAACGUAAACAUUUUAAAGUUGCAAAUGCUGUUUAAUUUCACAGGAUGUUAGUGCAGUGAAACCAACCAGGUAAUGUGAUCACAGGCAUUUUCUUAUCAGCAGAUUAUGGCCUUAAAGCAGCAGCAGUGUUCAUCAAAUCCAGUUAAUGUCUCCUCACAGUCUGCUAACUGUGUGUUCUGUGUGUGAAAAAUAAUGCAGAAUUCAUUUACAGUCCGGACUCUAUAAAUGGAAAACAAACAAAGUGGCUCCACACAAGCAAGUCUUGGGCAAUGGAAGGUAGAUCUGACACAUACUAACCGUUUAAAUAUGCCAACCACCUAAAUAUAAGCAACAUUUUGCCUGAAUCACAGACUCCAUCUUUAAUACACUGUUGAAAAUACGAAGAUUUAAAGCAGCACGCAUUGGAGGCACACGCUGAAGCUGCACACAGUAGCGGUUGGUUGUCAAGACAGAAAGUGACAGAAAUGUGUACUUUUGCUUUGUAGAACAGAAAAGUUAACCAGGUUAAUGAGUUUCACUGUUUCUAUGAAAACAGCAAAAUGUUUCAGGGACUGUUUCAGCUGUGGUUUGAUAUUUCUUCCUUAGAAAUCAAACUAAAAUGACCCAGAACCCCCAGAUCAGAUAGCUGUAGGCAAUGAAAAGGGAAAAAGCCUUCUUUUUCAUUUGCUAAGAGCGUAGCUGUGCUUGUAGGAAGCUAGAAUUUCCCUCUCUUUCUCCAGUUUGUUAUAUGUGGUGUUUUGAAUGCAGAAAAGUUCUUCAAGAAAUCACACCAAACAGACUAAACUCACCCUCCUGUCCUACAGACUGAACCAGCAGUGAAGCUGAUUGUCUGAGAUAAGACAGAAACAAGUCAUGAAAAGGAAAAUGAUUUGUUCCAUGACUGAAUAUAUUUAAUGAGCUGCUGUGAUUAGCUCAGCUUAAGAGGAUUUCCUCUGUUAAUAUUCUUUUUGUUUGUUUUUCUGUGUCCUGUUUGUGUACAUGCAUAUGAAUAUAUUAAGAACAAAUCUGACAAAGAACACUUUCAGUAUUGCUGAUUUUUAGUAUAAUUAAGGAUUCAUGCUGAAGAGUGAAAACACACAUUAUCUUUGUGUGUAGCAUCCUUAAGGAACACUCUAGGACUUUCCUCUUCCUGCUUCAGGGAAUUAUGUUGGCAGUUCUGUCUGUUUGUGAGCAGAAUUAUUUUUUAAAAAUAAGCGACUUAUCUCAAAAUUAUUUAGCUGAAAUUUACUCCUAAACCUUUAAUGAACUUAUGCACUUAAAAGAACAUGUACAGUUGUGCUCAUAAGUUUACGUACCUUUGCAAAAAUCUUAAAUAUUGUUAAUUUCUUUUAGACAAUGUGUCUGAUCAUGGGUGGUUAGCUCUGUCGCCUCACAGCUAGAUGAUCCCAGUUUGCGUCCCGGCAUCUUUCUGCAUGGAGUUUCCAUGUCCUCUCUGUGCAUGCAUGGGUUUUUUCUGGGUACUCUGGUUUCCUCCCACAGUCCAAAAACAUGCUGAGGUUAAUUGGUUACUCUAAAUUGCCCGUAGGUGUGAAUGUGAGUGUGAUUUUUUUUUUUUGGUCAGUAUAUGUAGCCCUGCGACAGACUGGUGACCUGUCCAAGUGUGCAGGUGUCCCCUGUCUUCACUCUAAGUCAGCUGGGAUAGACUCCAGCUCCCUGUAACCCUAAUGUGGGUUAAGCGGUGUAUCGAUAAUGAAUGGAUGGAUGUUUGAUCAUGGGUGCCUUGGUGGUUAGCACUGUCGCCUCACAGCUAGAAGAUCCCCAGCCUGGGAUCUUUCUACAGUUUGUAUGUUCUCCAUGUAUAGUGUGGGUUUUCUCCAGGUUCUCCGGCUUCUUCCCACAGAUCAAAAACAUGCUGAGGUGUGAAUGUGUGAGUGCUUGUUUGUCUCUCUGUAACCUGUCCAGGGUGUCAGCUGGGAUAGGCUCCAGCCCCUUCUAACCCUAAUGAGGAUGAAGCGGUGCAUAGAUAAUGAAUGAAUAGAUGUUUGAUCAUGGCAAAACUUUUCUUUCAUUUAGGGUUAGUGGUCAGACAAAGUUCUUUAUUGUCUCAGUUGUAUUUCCUCUGAUCAUUCAUGUUUUCAUUAAAGAUGGUACAUGUUUUAGAGAUUCUCUGAAGGUAUGUAAACUUAUGAGCACAACUGUAUGUCAUGUUUGUCUACCACUGUGUGUGUUUUGAUGCAGAUCCAGAUUUAAAAAGUCACAGCUAAUUAGCCAGCCUACAUAAAAAUCAACUCCCUUUAGCUUUAGCUCAUUUUUAUCCUUAGAAGUUGUCUGUAAAUUUUAUAAAUUACUGUUUUCACAUCCAAAUCUUUUAGAGACAUCAACAAAUUAUUUUAUUAUUCAGUAUCGUAAAUUGUCAUUUUUCUGGAACAAGGAAUUUCUUGUCACUAUUUCUCAUGACUCCCAUUUCUAGCUCUUACAUUUAUUUAUCAGAGAUAUUGUACAUUGAUAGUGUAAAUCAUCCUGAUGUUAUUAGAAAAUUUCCAACAGACUUGCAUAGAUAUUAAGAAUCCCACCAGCAGAGAUUCUUAUAUAAUAUGUAGCAAAUAAUGACACAUCCAUUAUCCGAGUCUACUGAGAACUGUUAUGUGUGUCAGUGUCAUAAAGAGCAGCUGCACUGCCGUAAUGCUGAUGAACAGAGUGUAAGAGACUCAGUUCGAACUACAAUUUUUUUUAAAAAUGCCAAAAUUAUGAUCAAGGUACUUUGAAUUGAGAUGUUUUCUCUUUCAUUUUCCACCAUCUCUAAGUUACUGAACUGUGUUUGUAUUGUAUUUAUUGUCACUCCAAGUUAAGCAGAAUGUGCACCUCCAGAAUCUGUAUAUGUCGGUAAAGUCACUUCAGUAUUUUUCUCUUUUUUUGCUGUUAAAACUGCUGCAGUGUCAUGUGCUCCAGAUGAUACUGAGAUAAAAACAUUUGAUGGACUUCUCUGAGCUCCAUUUAUACCAAGCUGAAGGAGAGUACUGAUGUUUUACAUGUUUCAGCUUCAUAUCAACACAUCACCUUUAAAUUUUAGGCCGAUGGCUCAUACUUAUUUUUCAUCUCAUUCAACAUUCGGUCCGCUUGUAUUUUGGUUUUCUUCCUUUCAGGCCGUUAUUGGUUUGAGGGGAUUUCAGAAAGACCUCAAAAAGGACUUGACAGCUUUCAGUGUGCAUUUCAGUGGAUAUUUUUCUAUCUUUUAAAAGAAAAUAUAUACAUUAUUGUUAUAUACUUUGCAUAAAAAGCAGUUGUGAGCUUUCUGAAAAUUCCUUUCUGGUGCAUUUGUUGUUUUAAAUAAACAGCAACCAUUAGCUGCCUGAGAGAAAGAAAACAACAGAGAGAAAGUGGUCAGUAGCUGUAGGGAGUGUGUGUCAUUAACGAGAUGAAGCGUGUAAAACUGUGGUAUUUUCAUGGAGGUUUUGAACUAGAAAGCUGCUAAAAGUGAUUAUUUUUCUAACCAUGUCUAUAUUUUUGUAACUUCAUAACUUUAUAGAAAGAGAUGAUUAAGGAAACUGAUGCCUGAAUAUUCACUAGUUUUGAUGGAUCAAAAGACGAUUGAUAUUUUUUUCUUUUUAAAAAAAAGGGGGCAAUAAAUUUGUUUUCAUUCUGGAAAUUUCUCCCAGUUGGUAUUAUUUCUGUUGUUUCUGGGAUUCAAGGAUCAACUUGUCCUCAUAAACUACCACUGAGGCUUUUUUUAUGGGAAACAUGCUGGUUUGUCAUGGCAGGUCUCAUUAAUAACACUUUAAAACCAUCUCUUCAUGUUGUCAGAUUGUCCCAACAGUCAUUUUCAUCUAAAUGUAGCUAUAAAUAAACAAUGCUUCUGUCUUCA